AUGGAAAGCUGGGAAGAGUCACAAGAAUCCAUCAAAGCUGAUGUGAGCGAGUUGAAAGACCAGGUUGGCCAAAUCUUGGCUGCCCUUGAAUCCCUGAAGACUACUAGGGAGUCUUCAUCUGCACGAGUUGAGGGGAUGCCCACUAUUAUCCCCCGAUGUUAUACUCCUCCUACAGGAGAGUACGCAGAAGUAGAGCAAACUUCAGUCUCCCUUCCCCCAACGGCUAAUGUAGUACUGACCGACACUCAAGGGCCUGUUUCAGUGACGACUCCCAUGGCGAGUAUAGGGAUGACUGGGGCAAACACGGUUGAAGGAACGCGAGUAACUGUACCACCCCAUAUAGGUACUGGAGAGGGCUCUUCAGCCAAAGUCAUACCACACACUGUGUUGCAGGGGGUAGUUAGCAGUGCUGAUGGGGCCAAGAGUAGAUUGGAGAUUCUAGAGGAGAGAUUGAGGGCCAUUGAAGGGGUCGAGAGCUAUGGAUUUGGAGAUGUUGCGAGACUGAGCUUGGUUCCCGGGGUGAUGAUACCACACAAAUUUAAAGCACCGGAGUUCGAGAAAUACAAGGGUAAUACCUGCCCGAAAAGCCAUCUGACCAUGUACUGUAGAAAGAUGGCUGCGUACGCUUACAAUGAUAAGCUACUCAUCCAUUUUUUUCAAGACAGUUUGGCUGGGGUAGCAUUGAACUGGUACACCCACCUUGAGCCGUCCCGAAUCCGUUGCUGGGCAGACCUGGCAGACGCCUUUGUAAAGCAGUAUAUAUACAACACGCACAUCGCACCGGACCGACUACAGCUGCAAAAUAUGUCAAAGAGGGACAACGAAACUUUCAAGGGAUAUGCCCAACGGUGGAGAGAGUUAGCUGCACAAGUUGAACCACCUUUGUAUGACAGGGAGGUGGUGGCAAUGUUUGUGAACACUCUCCAGCCGCCAUUUUACGAGCACAUGGUCGGGAACGUGUCUGCCAAUUUCGCUGAUAUCAUUAUAAUAGGCGAAAGGAUAGAAAUUGGGGUUAAAAGUGGGAAAAUUGCAUACAGUUCGCCCGCAACGGCAAAUUACAAAAAACCCAAUUUCAAUGCGGGAAAGAAGAAGGAAGGGGAUGUGCAUGCGGCAUCGGCAAUGCCUGUGUGGAGAAGUCAAGCUCCCACUCAUAGCUUCCGACCAUACUUGGGUCAACCUCCUUAUGCAGCUAAUGCGUCGUUUGCUCAUCAAAUUAGGCCUCAACAGCAACAAGGAUCUUAUCAACCGCAACCUAUCCCAAGCAACGCUUGGAGGACUGCGUCAAGCGUGAAUCCAAAUCCGAAUGCAGGUCAAGGCACUUACCCGAGGAAAACCCAGGAAAGAAACUUUGUUCACUUCACCCCCAUUCCUAUGACUUACACUGAGUUAUUACCUCACCUCGUCAAAAAGGGCCUGGUUGCUAUAUGUCCGAUGAUGCCUAUGCAGCCUCCAUACCCUAGGGGUUAUGAUGCCGAAGCCAAGUGUAGUUAUCAUGGGGAAGGCGUGGGUCACUCAACUGAGAGGUGUAUGUCCUUCAAACAUAAAGUGCAAGCUCUAAUCGACGCGGGGUGGCUGAAAUUUCAAGAAGAUAAACCUAGUAUUGAUGCUAAUCCAUUAUCCGGGCAUGGUAGUGCCUCAACAAAUGCCAUUGAGGUUAAGAAGCAUGAACUUAUAAGGGAUGCAAGUAAGAUUCGGAGUUCCAGAAGGUUUAUUUUCGAGGAAUUAUUGAAGUUGGGCUUUUUAAACUGGGAUUAUGAUUUAGGAAGAGCAUGUGGACUCCAUCCAUGCGCGGAACACUCUAUCGAUGAAUGUGUUGAAUUUGAAGAGUUGCUGCAAGAUCUGCUUGAUAGGAAUUUGAUACAAGUGUGUUACGAGAACAAGGAUGAGGAGGUGUUUGCACAAACUAGUAUGGAGUCUGAUGUAACUCUGUCAGAGCCGUUGGUAAUCCGUUUCACUCGAACCACCCCUGCACCAGUAAUUCAAGGAAGAUCGUCCGUUGUCAUCCAUACACCAGUUCCUUUUCCUUACAAGAGCGGGAAAGCUGUCCCGUGGAGGUAUGGAACACAUAUAAUCGACGAAGGACAGUGCAUUGAAAGUCAAUUCUCCAGUCAGGAUCCAGCUAUUGAGAAUAUAUCAGGCAUCGGCGGAAUAACAAGGAGUGGUCGAAUCUUCACGCCACCAAACUUGAUGGGAAAGGGAACUAGCAAUAAUGAAACACCAGUGGCAGCAAAUGCUAAGGAGCACUUAAAGGGGAAAGAGGUGCAGAUAGAGGAGACCCCUGACAAGGAAGACAAGAAAGAAAUCUCUGAGGAAGAGGCUUGCGAGUUUUUGAAAUUCAUACAACAAAGUGAGUACAAAGUGGUGGAACAAUUGAAUCGUACGCCAGCUCGAAUCUCCUUAUUAGAAUUGCUCAUGCACUCAACCUCCCAUAGAAAACUGUUGAUGAAGAUACUGAGCGAUGCCCAUGUAGAACAAGGUAUUUCCCUAAAAAGUUUCGAGGGCAUUGUCAGCAACAUCACUGCUAAUAAUUACCUCACCUUUACUGAUGAGGAAAUACCUGAGGAGGGGAGAGGGCAUAACAAGGCUCUCCAUGUCUCCGUAAAAUGUUUUGACUACGGCAUAGCACGUGUGUUGAUAGACAACGGCUCCUCCCUAAAUGUCAUGCCCAAAAUGACAUUAGAGAGGCUACCUUGUGACGGAAUGCAGAUGAAGCCAAGUUCUAUGAUUGUGAGAGCAUUUGACGGUAGCAAGAGGGAAGUCAUGGGAGAAAUAGAGUUGCCGGUCCAAAUUGGCCCAUGUGUUUUUCAAAUAACCUUCCAGGUCAUGGAUAUCCUCCCAGCUUAUAGUUGUCUAUUGGGUCGCCCAUGGAUCCAUUCUGCAGGAGUUGUGCCUUCCACACUGCACCAAAAACUGAAAUAUAUCAUGGGAGAUAAGCUGAUAAUAGUUUCUGGAGAGGAGGAUCUCCUUGUGAGUGGGCCAUCCUCCACCCGUUACAUAGAGGCAGCCGAGGAAGCUCUCGAGACAGCUUUUCAAUCAUUAGAGAUCGUGGGAAACACCUAUGUCGAACCAUUUCUUGUGAAUCCACAUUUAUCAGGCACCUCUAUCAUGAUGGCAAAGGUCAUGCUGAAAGAAGGUUAUAAGUACGGGAACGGGUUAGGGAAGUAUGGACAAGGACGUACAUUCCCAUUGGAGGUGAUUGAGAACAAAAACAGAUAUGGCCUGGGGUACAAGCCCAGCAAGGGGGAUAAGAAGAGGUUGAUUGAGGAAAGGAAGGAGCGCAGUUUGGCUCGGAUGGAGAAACGGGAACCAAGGACGAGGACGAUCCACAUUUGUAGUAUCAAAGAGAGUUUUCGCAGUGCUGGAUGGGUGAACACUAGCCAUAUAGCGGUUGUGGAAGAGGAAGCUAGAUCUGAAAGCUCAAACUUCAUGUGGGUUUGCUCCCCAGAUGCACAACUCAACAAUUGGAAGACUUUGGAUUUACCCAUGAUGUUUAAUUCAAAUGAAAUAUAUGACAAUGAAUGUUUUGAAAAUAAUAAUGUUGAUAUCCCUAAGUGGGAGCACCCUGUCAAUAAUACGGAAGAUGAUUGUGAAGAUGAUCCGGAACCCUCUCCAGAGCUAUUGAGAUUAGUGGAACAAGAGUCUAAAGAGAUAAAACCCCAUCAGGAAGAGAUUGAAAUUCUCAACUUGGGUGAGGAAGACGAGAUAAAAGAAGUAAAGAUCGGCACUACCAUGAAAGAGGAAGUGAGAGAAAGGUUGUGA